AUGGCAAGCUCGCAUUAUGAAGUUCUUGGGUUGAGCUGUGACUCUAGCUUGGGCUGCAUUAAAAAAGCAUAUAAAGAGAGACUUCUCAGUAGCCAUCCUGAUAAAACCCGCAAUGAUUCUUCUAGCGUUGAGGUGAAUAAAAUCCAAGAGGCCUACAAAGUACUUAGCAACCCAGAGUUACGUGAGAUUUACGACAAAUCAUUGAAAGAUGAUCAAAAAAAGCAAGGGCUCCAUAGCAGCGGCGAUGGGCUCGACGAAUAUUCUUUAGACGAGUUUUGCUUUAAUCCGGCGAUCUGCGAGUAUUGUAUGGAUUGUCCCCGUUGUCAUGGUAAGGAUGGUUUCCAUUUCAGUGAGGGAACGCUAGAGGAACAUUGUCAGGAAAGAGCAAGCGGCGGGUUCCUAGUGCUUGCCCAAUGUUCUGCUUGCAGUCUGUGGCUCAAAGUUAAUUUUGAUCUUGCCGAAGAGUAUGAACAGGCUGAUGUAUGA